AUUAUCCUGCGUCGCAUAGCUGUGUUUACCAUGCUUGUUUGCUAGCUUGCUUGUUUUGGUGCAGUUAAUACUUGUAAAUUAAUUAUAUUUAAACAUAUGUUGGGGUCAAAGUUGAUUUCGCUGCACUUCAAUUUUUUGACCUGCAAAACUGGCUAAAGGAAACGAUUUUGUACCUGUCGGGUGAAAGGUCAAGCGGCCAUCUUUGAAGAGAUCCAGAGACUUUUAGAAAGACAGCUGGCUAACGGAGUGACGUUUCCUUAGUUAACGUCCAAGAAACAGUUGUGAGGUGAGGCAUAUCAAAGAAAGACCUAUCUGGGCACAUCAUGUCAUCAUUUUCUGAGUCUGCGUUGGAGAAGAAGCUUUCGGAGCUCAGCAACUCUCAGCAGAGCGUUCAGACGCUGUCUCUGUGGAUCAUUCAUCAUCGCAAACACUCGUCGCUCAUCGUCAAAGUAUGGCACAGAGAACUGAAGAAAGCAAAAAGCAGCAGGAAGUUGACGUUCCUUUAUCUUGCCAAUGAUGUGAUUCAAAACAGCAAGAAGAAAGGUCCAGAGUUCGCCAAAGACUUUGAGACAGUCCUUGUUGAUGCUUGCUCUCAUGUUGCAAGAGAGGCUGAUGAUGGCUGUAGAAGGCCCAUGGACAGGCUGCUCACUAUCUGGCAGGAGCGCAGCCUCUACAAGGUAGAGUUCAUCCAGCAGCUGAAGCUCGCCAUCGAAGACUCUAACAGCCCCCAACACCAACCCACAGAAGAGAAGAAGGCCCCUAAACGGACCUAUCAGAAAAUCCAGGAGCUGGAAGAAGAGGAAGAAGAUGACGACUACAGGGGCCACAUGUCCCCACAGGAUUCAGACAUCUCAGGGCCACAGCUGACGGAGGAGCUGGUCAAAGCCCUGCAGGACCUAGAGAAUGCGGCCUCGGGUGAUGCUGCUGUGCGCCAGAAGAUUGCCUCUCUGCCACAGGAGGUGCAGGAUGUGUCCCUGCUAGAGAAGAUUACUGAUAAGGAGGCAGCUGAUAAACUGUCCAAGACGGUGGAUGAGGCCUGUCUACUGCUGGCUGAGUAUAACGGACGUCUGGCUGCUGAGCUGGAGGACAGGAGGCAGCUGGCGCGCAUGCUGACAGAGUACAUCGGUAGCCAGAAGGAAGCCCUCACCGAGAGGGAGAAGAAACUGGAGGAGUACAAACAGAAGCUGGCACGGGUCACACAGGUGCGCAAGGACCUCAAGUCCCACAUCCAGAGCCUGCCUGACCUCUCUCUGCUGCCCAAUGUGACGGGAGGUCUGGCUCCUCUACCCUCUGCUGGAGACCUGUUCUCCACCGACUGAGCUCCCUGCCACACCCUGCCUCUUGCCAGGGCACACACUGUUGAACCUGCUCUCUUGCUACUGAACCCUAGGGAGAGGCUCAGAGGGACAGUGGGAGCUUGGGGACAUCCCUGGUGGGGGAGACAAUGGCUGUUGACGAUUCUGUUCCACCAGCUUGGACAAAUUUCUCCUGUUUGUUUUUAUUGUGAAUGCCAGCUAACUGAUUCUGCGUUGGAAAGAAGAGAAGUGUUGGUCAUCAGCCAAUCCCCAUUUUUCUGCAUUGUUUAUGUGCUCGUAUGGUGGGAUGGUGGCUCACACACCCACUAGAUCUUUAUGAAGAGAUGCAUCUCAUUUAUUUUAAUGGCUUUAAAGUUGGUUGAUUUUUGUAAUGUUGGGGAGGGGGGGAUGUUUUUCUAUGUAGGUUAUAUUUUGUUUGUGAUAUUAUUUUCAUCUUCCAUUAUUCCAGCUCAACACUUUUCAGGUCUGUCGUCAUGCAUACCAAUCAUCAGUCGAUACCGUUACAACCAUGUGGUAGUUUUUCUCAAUCCAAUGUGAAAUAUUUUAGCCCUCAGACAUGUGGUUGAUAGAAGUUAUGAGAGCGAACUUGGGGCAGUUGGAGACACUGACUUACAGUCACUUAGAAACACGUGUCCAUAAAAUGGUCUUUGAUGAUUGCAUCACUUGGUACAAAUGUCAAACUAACUAGCAGACUGAUGCUUUUCAGGGCUGUGCCUUGCCACCAAUUAUUCAGCAUUAUUCAGACUUGACAGAGUAGCAGAAUCUGAACUGGCUCACGGUUCCUUCUGUCACCGCUGCAGUCCUUCCUUCCUCAGGAGUCAAUCGUUAACUCAGUUUUACGAUGGUUGACAAUCUGAUUUCUGCGAUCUCUUAAGUUUGGAUUAUGGAUCCUGGGAGAUAAGUGCUUGUCAAUGUUACAGAAUGCAGUAGGAGUAAUAGGAGGGCAUCUGCCCCAAGAAAUGAUGUUUUGCAGAUAAUGUACUAAAGCUGUAGUUUUUCAGUAAAAAAAAACAAAUCCAUGGAUACAAAUAAAAUUGAACAAUUGGAAAAA